UACUGGCGUGGAGUCUGAACUGAUGAAGCUGGCCAUGUGUGCAUAUUACUGCCCUGUGUGUUAGCUGUGAAGUGAUUGCUAGUUAGUGGCUUACCACCAGAUAAAUCUGUUAGCGCGUGCAUAAUCUGUAGUCUGCUUAAUCUGUUAGUCUUGUAAAAACAGCGAGGACCGGGUACAGCCUGGUUCUUCCACCGCGGUGCUGCUAAUUAGUAAGCUAACGUCAGCUAACAAGAGCCGUUGCAGACUCACCCAGUAAAAAUGGCCACUGUUUCUAUUCCUGCCUGCAGUAGUGCCCUGCUGCUCGACAUUGAAGGCACCACCACACCGAUUACAUUUGUGAAGGAUAUCCUUUUUCCGUACAUCAAAGAGCAUCUUGAGGAUUACCUGUCCACUCACUGGGAAGAAGACGAGUGCAAACAAGAUGUUCAUCUACUAAAGAAACAGAUUGAAGAGGACAUGAAACAGAACCGGGCGUGUCCUGUGCACACUGUGGACCAGACAGUUCACACAGAUGAGGAGAAGGCCAUUAGGGAAGUAGUAGAAAAUGUUCUGUGGCAGAUGGCAGCAGACAGGAAGUCCACAGCGCUCAAACAGUUUCAGGGUCACAUGUGGAGGGCAGCUUAUGCAUCUGGGAGAAUCAAAGGCGAGGUCUAUCAGGAUGUAGUUCCAUCUAUCAGAACAUGGAGAGCACGUGGCCUGAAAGUCUACAUCUACUCUUCUGGAAGCGUGGAGGCACAGAAACUUCUAUUUGGAUACUCUGUUGAAGGAGAUCUUCUAGAAUUAUUCGACGGUCACUUUGACACCAGUAUAGGGGCUAAAGUGGACGCAAAGAGCUAUGAGAGAAUUGCAGAGAGGAUUGGCUGUCAGCCUGAGGAAAUCACAUUCCUGACAGACGUCACCCGGGAGGCCAAAGCUGCAGAAGAAGCCGGCAUUAAUGUUGUGGUGGUGGUCAGGCCUGGAAACAUGGAGCUGACAGAUGAGGAGAGGGGCCAUUAUAACCUCAUUACCUCCUUUAGCCAACUUCAGCUUACAGGACAUGCUUAACAAAGUGUGUAGACGGAUGACUUCGUGAUGACCUCUCCUCUUUUUUUUGCCCCCACCUUUUUUGCAAUUCUAGUGUUUUAUUGUUUUGAGGUUUUUUUUUUCUUCCACAUUGAUGGGUGACGAGGGACUGGCGAUGCUGCUGGGACUGCUGGCAAUCAAUGGGGCUGAUCAUGAAAUUCCAGUCUUUAAAGGUGGCUCACUAUCCAGUUCUUUCAGGAUGCUUUUCUCAUCAAUAGAAACGGAUGCACCACGCAUUAUAGGAACACAAAUGGGACGUCAAUGUCAUUGGACCAUUUGAUUGAAUGGGAAGCUGUUGCUUUACAUUUACAAGCCUGAAGGUAACUGCACAUGACAUGUGAGACUAGCUUUUUACCUUUUAGAUGAACUGUAUUUGACUGCCACUCUCCAAAUGUAUAUGCGUGAACUGUAUUUCUUAACCAUUUUGUAAAUGUUCAUGUACCAUUUUCCUUCCUCUCUACCCAAACAAAUGUGUCGCAGACGUAUGAAGUCCUGUGCAGUGAGUGAACUGUCUCGUUUUAGAAAGUAUAAUUACAGUAUAGAUGCACUCAGCAGAAUGAGAGUCUUCAUUUGAAACUUUGUUUGAAUGUCUUAAUUAACCCCCUCACAGGUGAAUGGUGUCUAUUUAAAUGUGCCAUACUUGUUGUUCAUUUGUAAUGUUGAUCUUGGGAAGUGAAAAUACUGAAACAUUGCCAGACUUUGUGUGAAACAUUGUUGGUAUUAUUCAGGAAAUGGACUUCUAAUAAAUGCCUUGUCUCCCCCAGAA